AUGCCUCACUACAAGCAGUCGUGGGCGAAGCGGGUGAAGAAGGAGCGGUUUAAGAAGAAGUACCUCACCCGCAUGCAGGCAACGCGUCUUUUACAGGUGGAUGCGAUCCGAUUUCGCCGGUUAUGCAUUCUCAAAGGCAUCUACCCCCGCGCACUCGCACGCAGCAAGCAGAAGCUGAGCGGCGAUGAAAAACAGUACUACCUCGCGAAGGAAAUUAAGUGGUUGGUGCGGGACCAACUUACAGAUAAGAUGAUGGCGCAUCGCGCGUGGGAACGAAAGGUAAAACGCGCCGAGGCGAUGGGAAAAAAGGAUGACCUUAAGAUAUUACAAAGCGUUCGUGUGAAGCCGCAGCAUAGCUUGGUGGCGACGAUUAAAGAACGGUAUCCGUACUUUGUGGAUGCCCUCCGCGAUGUGGACGAUGCCAUGACGAUGAUUUCCCUCUACGCGUUUCUCUCGCCGGAGAUUCGCUCGGAGAGCAACGUUGAGGUUCACCACAGCCUCACCUCUGGCAUGCACGAGAAGGCAAAGAAUAUUUGCGAGGAGUGGAACCGCUUCGUCGCGCGCUCGCAGGUGCUCACGAAGGGGUUCAUCUCCAUCAAGGGCUACUACUUCGAGGCCUUAGUCCGCGGCGAGCGGAUUCGAUGGCUGUGCCCGCACGAAUACGCGCAUAAGUUUCCCAAGGGGAUUCAGCAGUACAUCAUGCUUUCGUUUUUAGAGUUCUACCUCGAGCUGAUGCGCUUCGUGCUCGUCAAGCUCAACCGCGAUCUCGCGCGUGAUCUGGAGGAGCGGGAGCGCAUCGCCGACGAGGGGGUGAACGCCAACGCGGAGAACUUCCCGACGGAGGAGGUCCUCCGCGUGGAGGCCGGCGACGACGGCCGUGGGUUGAAGCCGGAGAGGAAAGACGCGACCGGCGGCGACGCCCCGGCGGCCCGUGGGGACGUCAAGGCCGUCGCCGGGCGGCUGCAGCUGAUGGAGCGGGAGCUGCAGGCCGUCCGGGGGGUCUUCGCGGGCCUCCGCUUUAGCCUCUCCCGCGAGGUCCCCGCGAAGCACGCGCGGCUGGUCAUCGAGGCCUGCGGCGGCCGCGUCCUCGAGAACGCCGCUUGUGGGGUGGCCUUGAACGGCCCCGCGGGGGCCCCAGGGGACCUCCCCACGCACGUCGUGAUGGACCGGCCGAGUCUGCCGCCGGGGAUGCGGCCCUUCGAGCGGGCGGAGUACGUGCAGCCGCAGUACCUCUUCGACUGCCUGAACGCCCGGGCGCUGCUCCCGGUGGCGGGCUACCGCCUCGGGGAGGAGCUCCCGCCGCACGUCUCGCCCUUCACCGUCGCGAUCUCGAACAACCCGGAGGACGUCGCGGCCAUCGAGGAGGCGAAGCGACGCCAUCCACGGCUCGUUUCCUACGUUCCGCAGCGCGUGCACGAGAUACGGAAGCUGCUCCACCCUGGGUAUACCCCGCUCGAUGCGGACGGUACCCUCGCCGCGCUGGAGGACGGCGAGUUGAGCGAGGAUGAGGCCCACGUCGCGGUGCCGGAGCUCGACGCCGACGACGACGUGUCGCUCAGCGAGGAUGAACUCAACGAGGCCCGGCGGCGUCCCGCCUGGGAGGAGGAGGGCGUGACCGAGAAUGUCGAGCGCUCGAAGCUCUCCGCGCUCAAGGUGAAGAAGCAGCGCGAGCGAAACACGAUGAACGCGCCGACGGAUGAGGUCGUUGCGCGGCGGCGCCAGGCGAUCCUGCGCGCCCGUGAGGCAAAGCGGCAGGAGGAGACGAAUGACCAACGCGUACGGCGAAAGCUGCGCGAGGCGAAGCGGCAGGAGGCCGCCACGCGGAAAAUGCAGUUGCAGGUCGCGCGUAAGAAGGCGGCGCGCUACUAUAAGAUGGUGAACGGUGUCGUGCAGAGCGGGUUGAAGAAGGCCACCGCGCUUGAGGCGAAGGCGAAACAUCUGGAACAGGGCAAGCUACGAAAGUCAGAGGAUGGAAAGGGGCUCGUGAAUACGCGUCUUGAAGCGAAGCAGAAGCGCGCUGAGGCGAAGGGGAAGAAACUGAAGCAGAAGAAGGCAGAUAACCCUUACAAAAAGCUUCCUAAGUGGGUACGUUAA